UGAGCCGGUGUGUUAAUGUGACUGAAGCCCGAGGAGAGUAGGAGUGAAAACUGGAUGCUUGUGCAGGUGGCUCCAGGCCAGAGACAGCACUGAGGAUGGGAGGUGGAGGCCAGCUGACCGAGCCAGGAGAGCCAGCCAGCGGGAGGGACGGAGGAGUUUACACCUGGGAGGAGGUGCAGAGCCACUGCAGCAGGAAUGACCAGUGGCUGGUCAUCGAUCGGAAGGUUUACAACAUCACCCAGUGGGCCAAGAGGCAUCCAGGAGGGCGUCGAGUCAUCAGCCACUACGCUGGAGAGGAUGCCACGGAGGCAUUCACCGCUUUUCAUCCUGAGCUAAAGUUUGUGCAAAAGUUUCUGAAGCCUCUGCUGAUCGGAGAGCUGGCGGCGACAGAGCCCAACCAGGACCGAAACAAAAAUGCAGCAAUAAUACAGGAUUUCAACACUUUACGUGCUCAGAUUGAGAAGAAGGGUCUGUUUCGAGCUGAUCCUUUGUUCUUCUGCCUCCACCUGGGUCACAUCCUGCUGCUGGAGGCCCUCGCUUGGCUCAUCAUCUGGCUGUGGGGGACGAGCUGGGUACUGACGUUUCUCUGCUCGGUGAUGCUGGCAACUGCUCAGUCGCAGGCCGGAUGGCUGCAGCAUGACUUCGGCCACCUGUCUGUCUUCAAGAAGUCCAGCUGGAACCACAUAUUGCAGAAGUUCAUCGUCGGUCAUUUAAAGGGAGCUUCUGCCAACUGGUGGAAUCACCGACAUUUCCAGCAUCACGCUAAACCCAACAUCUUCAGCAAAGACCCUGACGUCAACAUGCUGCACGUCUUCGUGCUCGGAGACACUCAGCCAGUUGAGUACGGCAUAAAAAAGAUCAAAUACCUGCCCUACCAUCACCAACACCAGUACUUCUUUCUUGUGGGACCACCGCUGCUCAUUCCAGUUUACUUCCACAUUCAGAUCAUGCACACCAUGAUUUCACGCCGCGACUGGGUGGAUCUGGCCUGGUCCAUGUCCUACUACCUUCGCUACUUCUCCUGUUACGUUCCCCUGUAUGGUCUGUUUGGCUCGUUGGUGCUCAUCAGCUUUGUCAGGUUUUUGGAGAGUCACUGGUUUGUGUGGGUGACUCAGAUGAACCACCUGCCGAUGGACAUUGAUCACGAGAAGCACCAGGACUGGCUGACAAUGCAGUUACAGGCCACCUGUAAUAUUGACCAGUCCCUCUUUAACGACUGGUUCAGCGGACACCUCAACUUUCAGAUCGAGCACCAGUAA